CAGAGAGCUUUCCAUCGGGCAUAUUCCAAACCUUCUCCGAAGAAGAAGAGAAUCCAGAGCGGAAAGGUCUCGCGUUCAUCACUCUCGCUCUCUCUCUCUCUCGGGCACUCCACCAGACACACAGCUUUUACAUCGAGAAAAUGGCAUCAUCGUCGUCGUCAUCCGAGGCGUCGAACGAAGUCUCCAACAAGCUCCAGCUCAUCAAGCAGCUCCUGCUCGGGGAGUCCUCUCCCGUCGCGAGCAAUUACCCCGGCGGCGGCUUCCUCAAUUGCGCCGAGGCUCAUCGGGUCGAUGGAGCUGGCAAGCAACCUGAGCUCGGGUACUCGCGAUCGGACUCUGUUCGCACGCAAGACUCGAGCUCCCACUCGACCAUCACCAUCUCGGAGCUCGACUGCUUCCACGGCUCUGAUAUCUUCAACUUUGAUCUGAGUUCGGGUCCAAUCCAAAGUCCUGCCGACCUCUUCGAGUUCGAGGCCAAACCUCAGAUCAUCGACCUCACUGCUCCGGAAUCGUUUUCGAGCUUUUCCUCGAACCGGGAGUCGAGCGGCUUCAUCGAGUUCGAAUCGAAGCCUUUGGUUUCGACCGCCAGCAGCUCGCUGCAGGGCAGCUCGAGUCAAGCGAGCCGGAAGCCCUCGCUGAAGAUCUCGCUCCCUAACAAGGUGGAGUGGCUCCAGUUCAGCAAUGGGGACCGGGCGCCGGCGGAGGUCAACGCGCCCCCGCCAGAGGAGGACCACCGCCACUACAGAGGAGUCCGCCAGAGGCCGUGGGGGAAGUUCGCCGCGGAGAUCCGGGACCCGAACCGGAAGGGCUCGCGGGUCUGGCUCGGCACCUACGACACCGCCGCCGAGGCAGCGAGGGCGUACGACAGAGCAGCCUUCAAGCUCCGCGGCUCCAAGGCGAUCCUCAACUUCCCGCUCGAGGCUGGCAAGUCCCAGCCGAUGGCUUCCCGGGAUCACAAGAAGCGGCGCCGCGAGGAGGAGGCCGGAGCGGUCACGAAGAGGGAGAAGUCGGCGCCGAACUCCGGCGAGCACGGCUACCGCGAGGAAGCGCCGUUAACGCCGUCGAGCUGGACGGCGAUCUUGGAUGGAGACGUGAAGGGGAUGUUCAACGUCCCGCCGCUGUCGCCGCCGUCUCCCCACCCGGCGUUCGUGUUCCCGCAGCUGACCGUUAUUUGAGGAAUCAAUCUCAGUUAAAUUUCUACCUCGCUUUAUUUUGUGGAUUUUUCUAGGGAGCGUAGUAUUGUGCAUAGGGUUGAAAAAAGAAAAAAAUUUGGCCAAACUCAAGAGAUUUGUUCAAAUGAUUGCGAAAUAAAAAUUUUAUAUAUAUUCGAUCUGUCUUAUGCAUUGUAGCUAAAUAGGCUGAAAAUGACUUUGAUGGCAUUAUGGAUAGAUGCGAGAUAUAAAUGUGGCAACAUUUGGAAUUGGUCAGCCUGGCGAGACAACGUACACCAUGCAAAUUGCUUCGUCACAAGACAGGACUGGGGAACAACAUUCCUGUUACUCACGUAUUGAAAGGAUCAACAUAGGGGGUGCACAUGGAUUUCGAUGAGAAAUAUCAGACAUUAUUAAUGAGCUCGUUAUAUAUAGAGUACAUGGAAUUUAUUCAACGUGCUUAUCAACGACACGUCUAGACGAUUGUGUCGGGGUAGCUGUUUGAUGGCUUCAGCUUUGGGUUCGUGCUCCCAAUUUCUACGACUCAGAUAUUCUAUGCGAAAAAGACCGCUCUUGUGGACUUA